AUGAGUUUGUUAACAUCAGCCUUAAAACAACAAUUUUCUCGUGAUCGACAAGUAUCCAGCUGCGUAUCUGAAGAAUAUUUACUUGAAGAAAAGCAACAACCAGAAGAAUUAUUGAUGCAGUUGUAUCAACAAGCAGAAUCAAUGAGUGUUUUGAUUAAUACAACGAAUUAUGAUUAUUGUCAAGUUAAAAGUAAAAUGAAUAUAACAUACGCACAUCGUCAAAAUCUUGUUAGAGAGAUGAAACCAACCAAAGAAAUUAUCGAAUUAUAUCCAGCUUUAUCAAUCACGGACUUGUUGAUUCGCGAAAUUAAUCUUCAUUUUGAUCCAUUUGAUGGUGAUAUUGUUCAAACAUUAAAAUUAAGUUGUACAAAAUUGUUUAAAAAAGAACAACCACUAUUCGUAUUGAAGCACUUGAUCAUGAAACGUUAUAAACACUCGAAAAAACUGUUACUAAGUCAUGAAGUAAUUGAUGCCUAUCCAAUAAUCCAAAUACAAACAGCUAAAAAUAUUAAAAAUUAUUCUAUUGUUAUUGAAUACAAUACAAUUAUUACAACGAAUUCACAAGCUGAAGCAAUAUCUAUUUUAAUUGGAUCGUAUGAAAUAUUCAAUAUAGAAUAUCCAACAAAAGUACGAGCAACAUUAGAAGUUCUGAAUGGUUUAUCAUUCAAAAAACGAUCAUUUUCCUUAUCAUUAGCUGCAAAACGAUUUUUAAAUGAACAUAAACUGAAUAAGCGCGCACUAUGA